UUUGAUAGUGGAUUUGGGGCGGGACGCGCCGCAAAAAUUCUGAAAAUGCAAGAUUACUCUUCCACCACAAUAUCUGUGCUUGUACUUCUGCCAUUACUGGCUGUCUUCGCAGUUGCUGGAAAUGUGCUCGUUCUUGGUAUCAUUGCUCGGUUUAAGAAAUUUCGCACCUUUCCAAACAUUCUAAUCGCUAAUCUGGCGUUCAUGGAUUUACUCCGCGGGCUCAUUGAAGCACCCAUGUACCUGCUUUGGGGUGUCCUUAAUGUCGCAUGGUUUACAGGAAAGACUUUUGCGAUAAUUUCGCUUUUUGUGACCCGCCUCUGUUUCCAUCUUAACACCGUCUCCAUGUUGGUGCUGCUCGUAAAUGUGUCUAUGGCAAUAGCACUAGACCUAAAAUAUUUCACAUGGAAGACGAAUGAAAAAGCUAUGGAAAUAGUACUUAUAGAGUGGGUGGUCUGCUUUGGCGGAACUAUUUUGUUGUCGUGGUUUGAUUCUGAUAUCGACCUUCAGGAUGCUUCUGUUUUCAGUUACCGUCGGGCCUUUUUAAUUAAAUCAAAAAUGGUCUUGAUAGUGAUUCUCGCAAUGUUUAUUUUGACCACAAUUGCUAUCGGUGUCCUGGUAUUUUGCUUAAUCCAAAGGAAGAAACGCCAGGUGAGAUCAAAAGUUUAUAAUAAGUAUUUUUCUAUUUUAUUUUCCAGGCAUCCUUAUGCCACCCUGAUAAGGGAAUGUGCAAUAAUUAUCAGAAGGGGGGUUCUAAAAUCCAAUGGGGAUGGUGGGGGGGCUAAACUUAAAUUAUGGUGUAGGGUGGGGAAGUUUAGAUGUCAAUUUUUUUUAACAUAGAGGGAGGGUUACAAGUUAUAUUGAUGUUUGAGUGGUACAUAAUUUAUUCAAACUUAACUUCUUUGUUAUUGAUCUGGCUUCUAAGAAUAUCACGAAUAUCAAGAACAGUACAUGGCACACCUAGAACCCGUAAUUAAUAAAAACUUUGCAAUGAGGCAUAAUCUGUAAACUGAAUAGCCUUUGUUAUUAUUAAAGACUUCUUUACAAAAAAAAAAAUCAAGAACAAACGUGUCACAACGUAUAUGUAGUUUGACACAAAUCACAAACAAGCAAAACAAAUAUUACUAAACAUGACAAUUUGAACAAAAGCUGUGAACGAGGUCCUUGGCUUUCCCAAUAAAGCAUGAUUUGCAUGCAAGUAUAGAUCACGCAGAAUUUGACAGUUUGUGAAGUAAAUAUUGAGAGAUUUUCUUUUUCAAUAUGAUCUACUUGUGGGAUCCUAUAAAUAUCAGGUCCGGUACUCACUGAUAACGGGGCUUCCCCCUUAUGAACGGACGCGCGCAAGGGAGACGCGCAAGAACCACCCCCCCCUCCCCCCUCCAGGUUAUUGCACAGGUUAUUGUAUUAUUGCAAAGCCCCUAACAGAGUGUUGGAUUCGCUAGGAUUUGAACAGUCUCGGAGUCGGUUAUUCCCAUGACCUAUGAUAUGCUGGAAGCUUGUUUACAAUCAAACCAGCAACGUUCAUAUCCAAGUCUUAGGUUUUUAUAAUUUCUCAGGAGAAGAAUGUUUCAAUAAAAGCCUCUUGGACCAGGGCAAAUCGUUCUCGGCGUAAUAUAUCGGUGUAAGAUAUCUAAGUAGCUCUUAAAGCAAUGACAUACAAUAAAAGCAUUUGAAUAUUACAGGUUCAUUUGCAAUAAUAAUUAUAUUUUCAUUUCAGAAAUACAAUAUCUUUUAUCAUGUUGAAUUGAAGAGAAAAUUUAUCAUUUUCUGAUUCUUAGGGAUGUAGAGUCAGGGAUGGUCUUAUUUCAACCAUAUGUAGAAAAUAUAGCGCAUUAACCUGAUUUGAUGGCAUUCUUUCAUAGAGAAAGCGGUUAAAUCUGCCCCGACUCCAAGGCCAGGCCAGACUUCAACUGGAUAUCCAGGCUUCCAAAACUGUCAUCAUUACUGUACUUGCAUUCCUAGUGUGCUACACACCGCCCCUCUUAAUUGCAAUCCUGGGUCCUCCUAAAGCUGAUCCCAUCAAAGUGCAUUUUCCUCGUCACAUAGCUUUCCUUUGCACGCUCCUUUCCAGCGGGAUCAAUCCCGUCAUCUUAUGUUUUCGAGCGAAAAGGUUUCGCCGCGCACUGAAACAGCUUCUUCAAGACCCCUUCGGAAAAACCACUUUUCAAGACACGGAGCAAAAGAAAAGAUCCAAAGAGAAUGUUACGUGCAAGAAUGCAUGCGAGGCUGAAAAAGACAAGGCGAGAAACGACCCUGCAGCUUGCUCAUCCAACAGCUACAUAGAUGAAAUUGUAAACACAGGUAAAGAGAGAGGACGACGCUUGCGUAAUCAGAUCAUGCCCUUUCCAUCACAGGAUGCACAUUCUCAGAUCAGGCCAUGGUUAGCAUGGGUUGGCAACCAUCUCACAGACCCUGCGGAGAUAAGCUCCGGAGAAGAAAGUCCAACGCCAAGAGAAGAUUAUACACAGCAUGAAAUAACUGUGGAAGUACACCCAGAACCCAGCGACCGAUCAUCAAAACAGGAAAAUGGGGAAAAUCCAGCAACACCAAACACGUCACCGUGA